UAUUACCGAAGAAGAGGAAAAUGAAAUCAUGCAAAAACUGUCAAAUGUAAUGGUUUCGCAAGUGAAUGGGUUAAAAACCAAACUUGCAUACAAGGGUGAAAUAAUUCAAGGUACUGAUACAAAAAAAACUUGUUUUGUUUCCAAAAUGACAAACAAUGAGGACCGUACUGACUGCGAAUAUUAUCAGUUUUAUUUCCAAACAAAUAUAACAAGUAGAAGCAUGUUAAGCAUGUCCUUGUAGCGGAAGAAAAUGGACUUAUAGAGCUGGUUGAUCUAUGUACGUUGGGGAAGUUCUCAAAAAGAUGUAGUCACAUAAUGAGCUAUUUGCUAGAUUUCAGAGACAAACCACAUGAGAUAUCUUUAGAACUGGACCGACGUAAAAUUGCCGCAUACAAUUUGCCACUUUCAUAUCAAGGAUCAGUCUUUCCAAAUCCGGGCACGUAUGUAGAAGACAGAUUCUUGCCCUUUCUGGUUCAAGGGAUUAUUCCAUUUAAAAAGCACGAAUACAUGUUUGCUGCACUUGAAAUCGAAUUUGAUGACGACGGUGAAGAUCCAGAAAAUGGAAUUGUAACUUAUAUAUACGUGCAUAUUUUAAGUGAAAUAGCAAGUUCCAAUGGUUCAAUACAUCUUGGCAUUCGAUAUAUCGUUAAUGUGGGAGAUCGAUACGAAGAGACUGUCGAAGUUCCAAUUUAUCGACUUUAUAGAUUUUUGCCGCAAACCCAAGAGAGUUCGCAAGAUGUAGUUGUGUUUGACUCUGAGCCAGUCGGGGCAAUAGCUUUUGACGAAAAUUGCCGUCGUAUAAGAGAGAUGUUAACAGAAGCAUUCCAACUUAGCGAUCAAGCACGGAAAAUCGUCAUUCGACGUCUAAUUAAAAAGUGGCACCCUGACAAAAAUAUCGGAAAUGAAAGCUAUUGUACGCGAAUAUAUAAUUACUUAAGAGAACUUAUUUUACGACUUGAGAGGGGCGAAAGUAUUAACGAGGAAAUAGUGAAUGCUACCACUGGAAUGUCAGCCCCAGAUAUGUCAGGCUCGAGUUAUAAGACAACAACAGAGAGAGCAUAUCAAACAGGGGGAACAUACGCUCGUGGAUACAGAGCAAACAUUGACGAAUACAAUAGGUCAUUUCGCCAGGGCCAUUAUUCUCAUCGAUCAUCCGAGAGUACUCCAAGACCUAGUGUUGGGGAGUCUAGAAGAUGGCUGAGACAGGCGAAGCAAGACUACUCGGCCGCUAAAAGAGCUCUAGAAUGCACGGAGCACAUUCAACAAAAGAGUUACAAUUGGAUAUGCUUUAUGUGCCAUCAGGCGUGUGAGAAGGCAUUAAAAGCAGUCUGGUUCUCCAAAGACGCAAACUUAUGCCCACAGAGAGUCCACAGUCUUACCUCUAUUGUGCGUGGUCUAGAUCAUGCCGAUCUUCAACAGGAGGCAACAUUGUUUGAGGGACGUCUACAGAUAGAAGGUAGACAAUAUUUUAGACUUCGAUAUCCGGAUUGUGUAGCUGGAAACAAUAUCCCUUCUGAUAUGUUUCAUGAUGACGACGCUAGAUUUGCCGUGGAAUCAGCAAAACGCAUGUUGGAUAUAGUCGAUGACUUUACGAAUUAAGGACCCGUCAUUAUAUCAAAACACUCAGACGACACCAGCUGUUUGCCGUCAGUGUUAAAUAGUAUAUAUAUUGUGUUUAUAUUUUGUUAUGAAAUGUUCACUGCUAUUAGUGAAAAACAGUUGAUUAUCUGUGAACGUAACCAUAAACAUGUAAAUGGUUUGUUUGAAUAUAAGUAAUAGUAUUACCCGUUGAUAUGUAUGUGGUAAAGCAUAUUUUUAAUAGUGUUGUAGCUUAGGACAUUAAAAUAUUUGUAAAA